CACUCAAUUAUGUCAACAAAAAUAAGGAACAUAGCAACAGUUCGGGAUUAUAGUGAAUUGUGAGUUGAGGGCAAUCUGCGUGUAUAAAGUGAUGGGAAAGAUUCGGGAAAAUGGGGGAAUCUAUGGAGAAAAAAAACCCUGCAUAGUUGAAGGGAGAAACGUUUGGACAAACUUUUGCCCUUUUUCGUCGUGCUUGGAUGCGAUUCGAGAGGACAUAUUGUAAGGUCAGAAUGCAGAAUAGUUAUCUAUUUCUUUCACUUUGUUUACUCCACAAUUCGCUCUCCUUUUAGUGUAAACCCUUAGCCCUCUUUUCAGUGGAGUAGAGAGAAACCCUUGCCAGCAAGUUGUGGUUAAAAGUCGCCUAUUGUACCAGGUUGAACGGGGGUUAAAACUAGGCACUGCAGAAAGAAAAGGUGCUGGAUCAAUGAAUUAGCAAAAGGAGAUAAACGAACAAAAUAAAGACGUGUACAAUGGCAGAAAAGGAGAAGGUGUAUCGCAGUGUUUCUUUCAAAAAGUUAGGUUGUAGCGCGAACAAAAGUUGCUGUGAAGAACAACUAAACAAAACAACGAAUUUGGAGGGUAGUAGCAGCGCCCUUCCCCCUCCAUCUACAGCAGCGGCCGAGAAAGCGCAGCCCUCGGCUAUGCGUAAUGUUAGUGUGUCAAGGAAAGUUUCCAAAAUCUCCGCUGCCAGCCUCCCAACCGCAGAGCUAAAGAAAGGCUCCUCCACUCCCCUCUCCUCCAUUUCUCCCUCUAUUCGCCAACUCACUGAGAAGUUCAGUAGCACUAAUUCGUCUCGAACGCAUGGAGCUCCGAGCCCUGGCAGUAACGUUGUCGGGAAAAGCACAACUUUACCCAGGGUUAAAAGCAACAGGGGAGAAGGGUCCCCAUCUCGGAAAUCAUUCCACGAGGACAGUGGAUAUUUACAAGUUACUGACACGGUUUUAACAGUGUCUCCGAAUGACACUAAAGUUCAUGAACAAAAGUUUUAUUCGGGCACAGACUCGGUCUCUGGAUCGGAUUCGGAGAGAAAUCAAAAAUGGAUGUAUACUCGCAUUUCUCCUCAAGGCAGCGUUGGGGCUGGUAAAAUAGAUGAUUCCCACGUUGAUCCGCCUGUCUCUUAUGACAACAACUGCAGUAAGAUUUCGAACACUGAGGAUUACGUUGUCAGUGGGGCGCCUGCCUGCAAGUCACACAGGAGCUAUUUCCCAAGUCACCAUGGAGAUCCUCCUGUUCACGUUGACCUAACCUACUGGCCCAGUGUCACCAAGAUCAGAGAGCUUUUUGAUGCAGAGGAUUUAAAGUGUUCUAACCAGCGCCAGCCCUCCGCCAGCUCUAAAGACAACUCUUUAGCAGACAUAAGCGACAGGCAGUCUCCCAACAGCCCAACCCCUGAAGCCACUAGCCUGUCAGGGUCAGACAGACACCUCAGCAGGGCUGCCUCCCGGGGCAGAGAGAGGAGACACCAGGGCAUGGACUCAGCCUUUCACCCUGACCAGCACUACUCAGACGACGCAGAGAUUGAGCCAGCCAGCACUAGUAUUCGUAGAAGUGGUAGGUUUCUUAGGGUGGCCCAGCCAUCAAACACACACAGAGCCCACAGCCCCAGCAGUGGAGGAGAGGGGCCUGAGACCUGGACUUCUAGUCUGAACUCUGACCCUCCACCCUCUGUCCUCACCGCUGCACCUGCCCCCCCACCUCGGAGCAACUCCAGUGGCCUCUCCUCCUCCCGUGUCCGCCCCUCUGGAGAGCAGAGGCAAAGCCGGGGGGCCGGACAGCCCACGGACAGUUUACAUUCCUCACAUAGCUCCUCCAGACCGGUGGCCCCCUCCUCUGAUAGGGCCUCAGCCAGGGCAGCCAUCACAGCCCGCUGGAGGUUCAGCUCAGGAGACGAAGAAGAGGACUACCACCACCGAGCAGGAGGAAGGAGCCCUCAAUCGUUAGGUGUCAGUGGAGGUUACCUCUCCCGCGGUAAGAAUGGCUGGUGGGGUGGUAAGGUCCUCGGCAGGUCUUCAGGCAGUGAGGAGGACAGCCCUGCUUCACUAGGACCCAGCAGAGACGCCGUGAGACGCCGCUCACUGAGAAAAAAGAAGAACAACGAGGUUGCCGUAGCUACGGGGCGAGACGAUGGCGAGUCAGACGACAGUGACGACGAGCAGACGGGUAUGAUGGAACACCUUGAGAGACACCAACAGAACAUCACCGCAGAACAGACUGGGAGCUCCCGGAACCGGCUCAGAGAACCCAAAGCCUCUAGCACCUGUGCAGCACUGUGGGGACGCAAUUCCACUCCUAACCAGAUGGGAGCUCAGGGGAGCUACAGACGCAAAUACACAUCAGUCGGGGCGGGGACAUCUCGCAUAACCACACCCCUAUCAGGGGUGUCGCGGGUGUCAAAGGUCAACAUUUCAUCAUUUAUUUCGAGUCCCGGCGGCUCGCAGAGCAGCAGUAGAUACUGUAGCACCGAGACGCUGAAAGAAGAGGACCAAGCUAGCUAUGCUAACAGAAGGGUGAACUGUAAUGUUACUACCCCAGGCAGUGUGGUUGGUGCUUCCUCUUCCAUGCUCAGUAAGACCUACCACGGUAACUUCACCAUGUACCGCUCCCCCAGCUUCGGACACGGGGAUAACUUUUCCCACGCCCCUGUUAGAGGCCAACCCCGCAUUCUUCCCCCUGUCAAUCCCCCAUCCCCAGCCACAGGGGACACUGGAGGGGUUGCUAGGGAGGAGACUACAGUGUUCCGUCGGUUGCUAAGUGGUGGCGUUGUCGGUGAUAAGGACAAGAACAGGAUGUCAUUGUCAAACCCGGACAUAGCCUCAGAAACUAUGUCUCUCCUCAGCUUCCUGAAAAGUGACCUAUCAGAUCUCAGAGUUCGAAAGACGGACAGGUCAGGGGUUAUUGAGGGGUCAUCUACGGUGUACAGGAUGGGGUCAAGAGGCCUCUACCCAGGACUCCGCCCUUCAUUAAAGGACCUCACUGCAACUCUCAGACGUGCCAAAUCCUUCACUUACUCUGAUAAACCAGUAGGGAGGCAACAUCCAGCCGGCUCCUCUGCUAAAAGAAGCUCUUCUGAGCAAUGUCUGGAUCAAGACGAAGAGAGGGAUGGAGGGAGGGGGGCGGUGCCUGACAGAGAGGUGGAGAGUGAUGGAGGAGACUGCAGAGCAGGGGGUUAUGGGUAUGAGGAUGUGAUGCCCACUCCGUUGCAGGACCGGUAUGUCCAGGAGGCCAGACAGGUAAUCAGAGAUAUCUGCCAGAUGAGCGCUCUCGAGGAUGUUGACAAUGGUGAUGAUGAUGAUGUGCUAGCAACAGAUGGCACUGAAGACGAGUGUUUCAAAAGAAAACAAGUGGAGGAGCAGGAGAUAAAAGAGGGCGAGGGAGGUGAAUUAAAAGAUGAGAGGAGAGCUAGAGAAGCUGAGGUUGCCAUUUCAGGGGAAAAAGAGAUGAGGGAGUGGGACUGUGAAAACACAGAAAGAGAGAAGUUCCAACAGAAGGGAGAUUCUGAGGAGAACGUUUUUUAUGACCGAUCUGUUGAUGAGCUAUCAGGUCAUGAGUCGAGCCUCACUGAUGAGGGCAUAGUCACAGAACCAGAGGCUGGACUGGGUGACCCUGAGAGGUUAUUUGUCAGGUCAAGUUUAGGAUCAUCGUUGGCCAGAGAUGUGCUAGGUCAACCCCUCACCAUCUGGAAGCAGUCUGCUCUGCAUGAGGAUGAGUGGCCAGGGUUACACGAGGGAUUGCGAGAGGGAUCAGGGUUAAACGAGGGAAUGCGAGAGGGAUCAGGGUUAAACGGAGGAGCGAGAGAGAAACGAGAGAACCCUGUCUCUGUUCCUGCCCUUGGGGUUGAGAGUGAGAGCAUUGCUGUAGUAACAGAGAUGAGCGGCGUCAAUAACAACAACAGUACUAGCGGGAGGGCCAAUGUAUCCCAGGGUGCCUCAGUCCCAGGACUUGAGGCACCUCCCACUCCGAGCGCAAUCCGCCGCCGCCGUAAGUUCUCCUCAACCGGGAACGCGGGCUCUGACUCCAGCAACGGCAGCACUGGGGAGUCCAACGGGAACGGGGAUGUUUACCGUUCGCUAAGCGACCCCAUGCCUCACCGGCGCCGCUCUGUGUCAGAAGAAGGGAAUAACAGCUUCUCUUUGGAUAGUAACCUGCUGGGGUCUCUCUCUCUCUCCUCCAAGGGGGCAGGAGGAGUCGGAGGAGGAAGUGUCCCAGAGUCGUCCUCUACAGCUGAUCUAUCAGAGUGCACGGGCAGCGUGGCUAGCGACCUAUCGCUGUGCAGUGAUGGUGGUCUCCGUGACGACUACAGCAAUGUGAUCCGGAACAUUGUUGCGGAGCCAGGAGCGAUGGACAGACUGAUGACGGAUGACAAGAACAACGGAAAAGCCACGAAGAAGAAGUCCUUCUCUGACCCCAGUCGCCGUGGUGACGGCCCCCUGCUUGAUGAACCAGGGUUCAAAAGUCACUAUCACCCUAAAGAACCAGUCAGUGAGCUGGAUCAGCCUGGUCAGAUCCCGCCCUCCAGCAGUGAGCCAAUCCUGAGUGAGCAGAGAGAUGAGCUGUGGGAGCUCAGAGAUGAAUGUGGACACCCAUUACUUAGUCGUCAUGGCAACAAUGAAGUCGGGAAAUUCCGCUCCCAAUCAGAAAGGGAGGUGCACUCCUGUCUCCAUAGUGAUGACACAGACAGAGUGGGAGGAGGGGAGAUAUUGAACUCUGACCUCAAAUUAGCGGAGCUUGUGUCUCCCGGAAUGGGCCGGCGGACCAACAGGAAACGCCCCAACUGGGUCACCCAAUCAGCAUCAGAGGAGCCGGACCACUCGGAACCAGGUCCAGAGGACCAGGAUCAAGACCAGACUGAUCUCACCCCCCCAUUGCCUCUGGUCCCCCCCAAACCCAAAACUAGGUCCAAGCACGUCCGCCACGCCAGCGAACCUGCCACCUUCAUCCCCAUCUUCCCACCUCCACAGCCCCAGCGAGCCCAAGGGGAUCCGCCUUCCCUACUACCUGCCUGUGAACUCUCCAUCCUGGGUAAGCCCACCAGUGAGGAGGCCCCCUCCCUGGAAGAUGUGACCAAGCGGUAUAUUCUGGCCCUGAAUGCUCCAGGGGGCGAGAGCGAGCCGUCUGGUUCUGAGUCUGGGUCUAGAGGAACGGUGCCUGUACCAGACGGGUCCAACUCCAGCCCUGCUACUCCCAGUGGUGCCAGAGAACCCAGACUGCAGAGGAAGAGCAGUGAGGAGCUGACCACACCAGCCCCACAGAGUGCCAAACCCAGAGUGGAUAUGAGAAGACAUGUCGUGAUGACCCUCCUGGACACUGAGCAGUCUUAUGUGGAGUCACUCCGGACACUCAUACAGGGCUAUAUGCGGCCUCUGAAGCAGCCAGACAGUGGCUCCCUAGUUGAUCCCUCAUUGGUGGAUGAGAUGUUCUAUCAGAUUCCAGAGAUCCUGGAGCACCAUGAGCACUUCCUGGAACAGGUCACCGGCUGCAUUAGCCAAUGGCACGACAGACAGACCGUGGGUCAGUUGCUUAUCCAAUCGUUCUCCAAAGAGAUUCUUGCUAAUAUUUAUUCAGCAUACAUCGAUAACUUUCUGAACGCCAAAGACGCCGUGAGGAUCGCAAAGGAGGCCAAGCCGGCAUUCCUCAAGUUCCUGGAGACCAGUAUGCGUGAGAACAAGGAGAAGCAGGCCCUGGGUGAUCUGAUGAUCAAGCCUGUCCAGAGGAUCCCCCGUUAUGAGCUGCUGGUCAAGGAUCUGUUGAAGCACACUCCUGAGGAACAUCCAGACCACCCGUUGCUAUUGGAUGCCCAGAGAGACAUCAAGCGAUUGGCUGAGAAGAUCAAUAAGGGGCGUCGCUCUGCGGAGGAGGUGGAGAGAGAGACACGCGUCAUGCAGGAGAUAGAAGCCCACAUCGAGGGAGUGGAACAUGUCAGAGAUAUCCUUAACCCAAUGAGGAAGUUCCUGAGACAGGAGAUGGUGAUGGAGGCGAAGACCGUGGGGGGUAAGAAGGACCGCUCUCUCUUCCUCUUCAGUGAUCUGCUCAUCUGCACCACCCUCAAGAGGAAGUCUGGAUCCCUGAGACGCAGCUCCAUGAGCCUGUACUCUGUUGCCAGUGUGAUCGACACUUCCAGUAAAUAUAAAUUCCUGUGGAAACUUCCCCUAGAGGACGUGGAGAUGGUGAAAAACCCCUCCCAGGCAACCAACAAAGAGACCAUCCAGAAGAUGAUUGGUCGACUGGACGAGGACCUGAGUACACUGGGACAGAUCAGCAAACUAUCAGAGACUCUCAGCUUCCCUCACCAGUCUCUGGAUGAUGUGAUAAAGGACCUGAUGUCGUCGGUCCACAGGGAGCUUGCAGAGAAACAGUCUCUAGCCUUCAGUAUGAGCUUCCUGCCCACCAAGCUGGAGCUGACCACGGCCUCCGCAGAAACAAGCUUCGUCUUCGAGUUCAGCUCCCCAGACACACGCAGCAACUUCCAACAGGCCUUCGAAGAUGCCAAGAAGAAACUGGCAAUGAAUAAGGACCAGUGGGACCCAGAGUUCCUGAAGGCGAUCCCCAUUAUGAAGACUCGUAGUGGGAUGCAGUUCUCCUGUGCCUCCCCCAGCCACAGUUGUCCAGAGAGCAGCAGUGAGGUGUGGGUGUGUAACAGUGAUGGUUAUGUGGGCCAGGUGUGUCUGCUCAACAUCAGAGACCAGCCCACUGUAGAGGCCUGUAUCGCUGUCUGCUCUGCUAGGAUCAUCUGUAUCGCCGCGGUCCCUGGACUCAAGGGGAGGGAACGUGGAGUGGAGCACUCCUCAGCCCCUCCCCCUGUAGCUGUUGACUCCACCCCAUUCCGGCAGCAGCAGCUACACAUCUCCAUCUCUCAUUCGUCGCUGGAGCUGACCAAGCCCCCUUCAGGGGCGGGGCCAGAGUUAGUUCCAUUUGAUAGUGAUGACACGGACGAUGAAGAUUCUCCUAGCCCCUCCUCUACACUGCAGAGCCAAGCCAGUCACUCUACUGUGUCAUCCAGCUAUGGCAAUGAGGAGGGGUCUGGUUCUAAGGACAUGGCUACAGAGACCACCAGUAGUGAGGAGGAGCAGGACUACCCCGUGGCCAGUUCUUAUGGAGCUCCAGGCAGGCCAGGGGGGGGUGGAAUAGGUCGACCCCACAGCGAGAGCCCCAUGGACGGGAGAGCGAUGCGCCGCUCCUCCCGGGGAUCCUUCACUAGAGCCAGUCUGGAGGAUCUGCUCAGCAUUGACCCGGAGGCUUACCAGAGCUCUGUGUGGCUGGGCACAGAGGACGGAUGUAUCCAUGUGUACCAGUCAUCAGACAACAUUCGGAACCGUAAGAACAGCAUGAAGAUGCAGCAUUCUGCCCCCAUCCUGUGUGUUCUCUACCUGGACAACAAGGUGUUUGCGUCCCUGGCCAACGGAGAUGUGAUCGUCUACCAGAGGGAGGUGGGGAGUUUCUGGGACGCCCAGUCAUCUCAGACGUUGAGUCUGGGCACGCCCAGUAGUCCUGUCACUAAGAUGGUCCCGGUCGGUGGGAAGCUGUGGUGUGGUUCACAGAACCGCGUUCUCAUCAUCAACACAACCACACUGGUGCAAGAGCACUGGUUCCAGGUGGGCACAGACAGCAGUAGGUGUGUUACCUGCAUGGUGAGCUACGGCCAGGGAGUGUGGCUGGCGCUCCAGGGUAGUGCCCAGAUCAGACUUUACCACGCCCAGACCUGGGACAGCCUGACGGAGGUGGACGUGGCCCCCGCCGUGCACAAGAUGCUUGCAGGUUCAGAUGCGAUCAUCCGGCAACACAAGGCAGCGUGUCUGAGGAUCACAGCUCUCCUGGCCUGUAAGGACCUGCUGUGGAUCGGGACCAGUGCAGGGGUGGUCCUGACCCUGUCUAUCCCAGCCGUCAGCUCUGGGACUGUGUCAGGGACGCUGCGGUCACCUCUGACCCCCAUGGGCUCCGCUCAUGGACACACUGGCCAUGUUAGGUUCCUCACCUCCAUAGAACUACCUGAAGGCUUCGACGUCAACUUCCCCCUGCCCGCCGAUACCACAGGCAACCCAGCCCAGAGUGGUGUUGAAGGGGGUAAUGGGGGUCUGCAGAGGCGAGAUUCCGCUCGCCGUCGAGCCUCCGCCCUCCUGCCCGUUAAAACCAAUCAGUUGGUGAUCUCCGGUGGCGAUGGCUAUGAGGACUUCCGGCUGACCAAUAGCAGUGAGACAGUGGGGCGGGACGACAGUACCAACCACUUACUGCUCUGGAGGGUCUGAUCCAAUCAGCCGGCCCCAUUUAUCAAAACCCACCCCUUCAGCACCAGCAACAUACUGCCCUGGAGGAUGUGAGGCCAAGCCCCCUGCCCCGGGUCUGAGCCAAUGAGAGUCCCCCGACCCAUUUGAACCCCACCCUCAGCAAAAACCACACAUAAACCCGACCCCUCCUCCUCAAAACCCACCCCGUUUUUAUUAGGUCCAGUAUUUUUGAGUUAUUUUCUCCGUCUUCUGAUCUCUCUGUGCAUGGGUGUUGUUAGCCCAGGCUGAAAAACUACAGGGUCGCUUCAAACCAGGUUUCUGUUGUUGUUUUGGUUUGUUCUGAUGCAACUGUCUGUGUUGUUAAUCACUGAGUGAUGUGUCUGGUGUUUCGGCGUGGACUCUGUCUCUACAGACUUUACUAGGAGAGAGGGAGGGAACAAGUGAGAGAGAGGGAAAGAGAGGGAGAGAAAGAGAGAGCGAGAGAUUGGGACAGUGACCAGAGAAAAGUGUGGAUAAGGACAGACCGAUUAGGUGAAGGAUAGGGAGAGAGAAGGAAAGAGAGAGAGGUUGAGGCAGACAGGGUGAAAGUAUACUGAUGGGAAGAAGAUUGUGAAUUCUGCAACAAGCCAAAUGAUGGACUGAUGGAAGUAAAAAUGGAACAAGGCCAUCCUGACAAUCCAUCCUAGGGAGGAGAGGAGAAAUGGAACAAGGCCAUCCUAACACUCCAUCCUAGGGAGGAGAGGAGAAAUGGAACAAGGCCAUCCUAACACUCCAUCCUAGGGAGGAGAGGGGAAAUGGAACAAGGCCAUCCUAACACUCCAUCCUAGGGAGGAGAGGAGAAAUGGAACAAGGCCAUCCUAACACUCCAUCCUAGGAAGGAGAGGAGAAAUGGAACAAGGCCAUCCUAACACUCCAUCCUAGGGAGGAGAGGAGAAAUGGAACAAGGCCAUCCUAACACUCCAUCCUAGGGAGGAGAGGAGAGAUGGAACAAGGCCAUCCUAACACUCCAUCCUAGGGAGGAGAGGAGAGAUGGAACAAGGCCAUCCUAACACUCCAUCCUAGGGAGGAGAGGAGAGAUGGAACAAGGCCAUCCUAACACUCCAUCCUAGGGAGGAGAGGAGAGAUGGAACAAGGCCAUCCUAACACUCCAUCCUAGGGAGGAGAGGAGAAAUGGAACAAGGAGUGAACACUAAACGUCUCUGUUCUCUGAACAAGGAUACUAAAGAGUAAACAUUAUAAAAGUAACCAAUGUGCAAUAUAUGGCAAGGGUACCUACUAAGACUAUAUAAACAUACACACACACACACACACACACACACACACACACACUCGUUCUUCACUCGUUCGACAAAACACAGCUCGUCUCUCCAUAGCCUAUGACAAACAUACACAUACAACUAGUUCUCACACCUAAAUCACUUUUGUGUUUAUAAUUUUAACAAUGUUUUGUUCUACUUAAAGAGAAACAACAUCCCACUACCGCAGUGACGUGUGUUUUAAGGCAUUGGUUUUAGGGGGCUGUAGUAGAAGAGAUAUGUUUGUACAGUAUUUAUGUUUUUGAUUUCAUCUUUGUCUUUUUACAGCACUUAAUUUAUAGAUGUGUUUUUCUCUCUUUCUUUACCCCGAAGAGAUGAUUUACAGGAGCUCUGACACACACACACACACACACACACACACACACACACACACACACACACACACACACACACAAACCAGUGCCCUCAGGUUCAGGGUGGUGAUAGUGUUUAAUCUCUCCAAGCCAAGAGAACUCCCCUACAAACCAUCUGGGGACAUCACCUUCAACCACUCCAACCAAAUGUAUCAGCAUUAGGCUAAUUCCCCCAUUGUGAGCCAAUGAAGAGGCUAACGGAUAAUCGGGCGCGACAGGUAGCCUAGCGGUUAAGAGUGUUGGGCCAGUAACCGAAAGGUCGCUGAUUCAAAUCCUCGUGCCGACUAGGUGAAAAAAAAUAUGUCAAUGUGCUCUUGAGUGAGGCACAAUCCUAGUUGCUCCUGUAAGUUGCUCUGGAUAAGAGCGUCUGCUAAAUGACUCAAAUAUAAUCAGAUAACCUGGUCGUUUGAUACUCGUCUGCUGCUAGCUGUGUCUCUGUGUAGACGUAUAUUAGUGGAGCAACCUGUGUCUGUGUAAGUGCUCUGAAACUUUAGCCAAGUGUGGAAUUCUAGUUGGUUAUUCUAUCUGUGUUAUUGUGAUGUCAUAUUGGGUUGACUGUGGAACCAUGUGAUGUCAUAUUGGGUUGACUGUGGAACCAUGUGAUGUCAUAUUGGGUUGACUGUGGAACCAUGUGGAUUUCAUAUUGG